UGUUUUUGCCUUUGCCAUGUAUCGAUAAUUUCGCGAUAGUUUUUGUCAGUUUAAUUUGCGACAUUUUCUAGAAUUUACGCCCACUAUUAGGCACUUUAGCUGACCUAUGGAUGUGUAUAGUUGUUAUUGUUGAAUAACUUAACUGUGACGGAGUCAACACUAACAUUUUAAUGAUAUUGUUUCUAUCUAGACUAAAUUUUAAGAGAUCCUUUUUUAAAGGGACACCAUCAUUUGAAAUCCAGUGACCCCUCCUAGCCUUAGAAGUCCCUUCCAUUUUGUACCAAUAUUUCAUUCAUAAGCAUUUUAAAAUAAUAUGAAAUUAGGCAAAGCCUAUAAACGGGGGGAAGUCCUUUCAUUCUUUCCGUUUUAAAGGUGUCAUUCGGUAUUACAUGCACCGCUUCCGUUUUCACUCGGAACACUCGACGAUUAUUAUUGAUCCGAAAAGUUGAGAUUUGUUCCAAUAUCGGAAUACCCCGCCUAUUAUCAUUGAGUUUCAUUGUAAAUAGCGGCGCCCGACUAGGACUGACACUGAAAAUUUCAUUGAUAGGUAUAGAAUUCUAUAUAUUUUUAAUUGUUUUUUAUUUUCUUUUAAAUAUACACGUGUAGUCUAUAGCCGGGCAAGCCAAAGCCCGGACCUGCUUCGCGGGCCCGGUCUUUGACUUCCCCGUAUUAAAUGCAAAUACUUAUUAUUACAAAUUCAAGUAUUUUUUCCAAGUACCAACCAAGCCCUAUGUUGCACAGGCACGAGUAUCGGACCUGGGAAGAAAAAAUAUGACUCGAUAGAUAAUUAAACCUGUGUUCAUCUUUAAAAAGUCAAAAACCGAAAAAAAUUGUAAAUUAUACCCCCCUUUAAAAACAUACUUUAAGUUAAGAGAAGGCCAGAAACUCCAGAUUCGAGACUGCAAGCAAGGGAUUCACUUCCCGGGCCAUUGUGAAAACAAUUGUCCAGACAAUUAAAAAAAUCUUUUAUCACUUUCACGUUUGUAUUAAGCUUCCAAAUGGGACCGACCCCAAGUCUUUAGCCCUUCCCGUUCAUGAAAUAUCUAUCGGGGAAACAAACGCAUUCGUGCUAAAAAUCCUUGGUAGACAAAAUUUUGGCACAACAAUUCGGUACGUAAACAUAGACUAGUACAUGUUUGCCAGCCGAUUACGGAUCAUAAUCAUAUUGUCACUUGGCGCAAUAACUCACUUAAUGUCUAUGUAUUUUAUAAUUACUUAUUAAUGUAUUUUAAUUUUAUUGUAAAUAGGCCAUCAAAAAGGCUGUAUGAAUCGGAUAGUGGCACUGAUGAGAAUGAGACAGACACAGAGAGUAGGCCACCACAAGUUUUUGACCAAGCAACAACGCCCAAAGAGUCACAAAGCCUACUUUCAUCUCCGCCUCGCUUAUCUGCACAGGCAUUGCGAGAGGCCAGCAGUGAUGUGCAAAGUGCUUCUCCAAUACAAGGUGCUUCUGAUACACCCUUCUGUGGGCAGAUUAUUGGGCCCACUGCUGUUACACAGAUUCUCCGAGUCUUGGAGACAAUGCGAGAGAAGAAUCGUGAAAUUAAGAGGAUGGUGCAGCGAAUGCUGUUAAGGUCAGCAGCAGAUGACAACCGCUGCAACUUCCGAAAUAUAUCUCAUUCCCUAUUCGUUAUCCUGAGCAGAUGGAAGCAUUCGAUGAGCUUCUGGGAGAUCAGACAAUGCUCUCAUCUGUGUUAAGCAUAGUGUUAGUCAUGUAUGUUGCUCCAUUAGUAACUGAAAAAGUAUACCCCAUAUCCACUGGCCUAAAAGCGAAAUAACAUAAUGGUCUGUGGUGAGCACUUGAUGAUAAUGUAUAAUCAUUCUGCUAUAUCAAUGUUGGAAAAUAUUGCACAGUGGACAAACACUUUGCUGCAUUAAUUUCAGAAUUAAAAACUGGCAUGUUUUAAUUUUUUGAUUCAUAUUGACACAGUUAUGUUAUUUAUAUAUGCUAUAAUAGCCAUGAGCACAAGACAUGGGCAGUUGGCCUCGUUUUCAACAUUAAUUAUUAAUUAGGACAAGACAGUCAAUUCAUUAAUCAAAAUGCUGG